UAAUGAGAAAAAAAAAUCAGAAAAAGUUGCUAAUUAACCGCCUCUUCAAUCUCCAAGUCUGUCACCCUCCUCGCCGGCCGGAGAGACAACUACUAAAAUGGCGUAUACGUCGUCCCUAUUCGCCCCAACUGCCUUCCAUACUAACAAACCUAGAUUCUCUCCUGUUUCUACCAAGCCAAAGACGACUAGAACCGUAACCGUAGCCUCCAUUCCUCCCUUCAGCACCGCCUCGGCCACCGACGUUUCCUUAUUUGAUGGCACUACCCUCGCCGUCAUUGGCGGAGGCUCCGUCGCUGCGUUAGCCGCCGCUCUCUCCCUUACGGACCCAGAGCGCCGGCGCCGGCUCCAGGCUGAGGAGGUAGGAGGAGGCGAUAAGGAGGUGGUGAAAGAGUACUUCAACAAUUCCGGUUUCCAGCGGUGGAAGAAGAUUUACGGAGAGACGGAUGAUGUUAAUAAGGUACAGCGCGACAUUAGGCUGGGCCAUUCGAAGACGGUGGAGAAUGUAUUGAAAAUGUUGAAAGACGAAGGGUCACUGGAAGGAGUGACUGUUUGUGACGCAGGUUGUGGUACCGGGAGUCUAGCGAUUCCAUUGGCAAAAGAAGGAGCAAUUGUCUCGGCAAGCGAUAUCUCUGCUGCUAUGGUGGCCGAGGCUGAGAAGCAAGCAAAAGAGCAGCUGCAAGCAGUCGGCGAAAAUGCAGCACCUAUGUUGCCGAAAUUUGAAGUGAAGGAUCUAGAGAGCUUAGAUGGGAAGUAUGACACUGUAGUAUGCCUAGACGUUUUGAUACAUUACCCUCAGAGUAAAGCAGAUGGGAUGAUUGCCCAUCUUGCAUCAUUGGCAGAGAAGCGACUGAUUUUGAGUUUUGCUCCAAAGACAUUUUACUAUGAUCUAUUAAAAAGAGUGGGGGAGUUGUUUCCUGGGCCUUCAAAGGCAACCAGAGCAUAUCUACAUGCAGAGGCGGAUGUGGAGAGAGCUUUGAAGAAGGUUGGGUGGAGGAUAAAUAAGAGAGGCCUGAUCACUACACAAUUUUACUUUGCGAGGCUUGUUGAAGCUAUUCCUGCAUAAAAGGAACAGAAGCUAGAUUUGAACUUUUACUCGAUUAUCCUGUUGCUAGAAAGAGGUUCGAAGUUACUUUGUAAAGCCCUGAAUUUUCCAUAUGUACCACACGCUUGUAUUUUUAUGUAUUCUUAGUGUAUAUUAGCUAGCUAUGUAUCACAAUAUCUAAUGCACCUUCACAUAAGACUUGUGGGUUAUGUUAGGGUCAUAUUUGACUUCAUCAGUUUUGGCUUUCAAUUCAUGACAUGAACGUCCAUCCUUAA